GCGUCUUAAUUCUUUUUAGUACUAUCUUUUAAUAUAUACCAGACAAAAUUUCUAAUUGUCCUAAGAUAUCAGUACAUUAAUAAAUUGAUGUGAAAAUCACUAUCGCAAAAUGUCUGAGAAAAAGAUGGUUGGUGGUAUUCCUGUAGAGUGUCUAACUGGAGAAUCAGCUGCAAUAUGGUCUGGCUGGCGUACACUAGGAGACAGAGAGCUUGUAAGAGAAGCCUCUGCCAAGGGAACUCAUAUAAAAUUAGCUUACAAAUGUCUUGCACACAGAAGAAAUUGUUCUGUAGAACAGGCAUGUAGAUACUUUGACAAAGAAGUAGAUAAUUGGAUCGACGAGUUAUUAAACAAGAAGCAGGUUCAUAGAGCUUCACAUGUUCUAAAAAAUGUGGGAAAGGAUCCCGUGGAACAUAUUUUUGUUAUUUCUUUAAAAAGCAAGGAUUCUCUUUUAAGAGACUAUUUAUGUGAAUAUAUGAUAAAUAUUAAUGGAUUCAAGAAUGAACAUAUUGCAGCAUGGAAUAUUAUCAAAUCAAUUAAACAGUAUGAAGAAAAAUGCAAAAUUCAAAAUGGAUUAAGUUCUUGUAUAUGUGUAGAUGACAUAAUGAAAUUACCACAGAAUAUUGAAGAAGCUUUACGAACUGAAUUAUAUUUUUCUUUGAAUGAUCCACAAGUUUUGGAAAAUGUGUCAAAUAAUAUUUUGUGGGAUUAUUUGUUGUCUAAUAAUAAAAUUAAUAGAUUAAAGAUAUGGAUUGAUACAAAGUAUAAUCCAGAUGUUCUACAAACCUCAGAUAAAAUUGAUCCUCAUUUGAAAUCAUUAUUUACGAAUUUAAAUAUUACACCUGAUAUGGUUGACUACAUAGAUUCUUCAAAUGCUAGUGAUCUUGUAAAAAAUCUAGCUAAAAAUCAUUUAUGCAGAUACGGCAUUUUUACCAAAGAAGAAAAAAAUGAUUUGCGAUUGAUAUUAAACCGUUCUUUUGGCUGUGGCAUUACAUUGGAAGAACUCAGUACAAAAAUAUUAUCCUUAGCUUCCAGUAACAUUAAUAGAACGGAGUUCUUGAAAAACAUUGAUUAUCGACUGUGUCUUAUAGAUUGCUCACAAAAUUGUCAUACUCAGGAAGACACUUUAAAACUUAAAACAUUAUUUAACGUUUUAACUGAUAUGUGCAAUGCUCGAGAUAAUUACGAAGAUGCGUUAAUACAUGGAAUUGUGGGAUCGAUUAAUUAUCUCUCAAACGAUUUUAAUGAUUAUCUGAAAACAAAUUACUUAGUAAGCUUAGCACUAAUAUUUUUGCAAUCGUGGCAAAUGCAAAAUGCAGUGUGUGAUAAUGCAAACUCUUUAGAAAAAAACACGUCAAUGAGAGAUAUAUUUACAAACAAAAUUGUUUUAAAAAUCGGUACACAUGUUAUUUCCCAAGAAGUUCUUCAGUGCACACUUAAGCAUAUGCCGGAGCUGCGAUAUAUCAUUGAAGAUCAAAGUAAAAAAGAUGAUAUUACAGUAUACGAUUUAUUGGAUGGCUAUAGAAAUUUAAAUUCGAAAUCUGCAUUUAAGUGGCGCUUUAAGAACGAGCCCAUGCCUACUUUCAUAAACGAAAAACUUGUUAAAAAAUAUGGACAUCAAGAAACGCUAACAUACGGUUAUUAUCUAAAAGAAGGUAGACCAAAUAUGGCUGUGCACCAUUUACACGCUCAAGCGAAGUUACUGGGAAAUGUAUCCUCCCAUAGGAAAUUCAAAGCAGCCUUGUACGCGCACAUUCUUGCUUUGAGAAAUUUAGAUAAAUCUGAUAUCGUAUGUAGCUGUAUUGCGUUCAUCGAGUUGCUGAAAAUCGACUCCAACAAUUUACGAUUACACGUAACUGUGGCAAAUUAUGUACAAGAACAGUUAAAUAUUUCCAUAGGGAACCUAUUGGAAAAUGUAGUGUAUAAGAAUGAAACUGAUUUAAAGACUGUAAUAUUGUAUCUAGAACAGAGCUUCCAAAAACAUUUAGCGGAUAAAACUUUCGAUGAGCAAUUUGUUGAAAUAUUGAAAACAUGGGACAUCAUCGUACGCUUUGCACAUGUUCACAACUGUACGUUGCCCGAGAUAUUGUUGAAGUAUUUAGCAGAUCAUGACUUAUGGUUCGAAUUUGUUGCAGUCUGUGAUAUAUUCUCUUAUCCCAAAAUCCAGGUGUUAGAAAACGCUAAAUUGUUCAAUAAUGCGAAUGUACGGGAGCACCUAUUAAUGUGUUUAAGCAACGAUAAACUUAGCAAAUUUCAACCAUAUAACGAGCAGAAGACGAAAUCUCAAGACACAAGACAAUCACCAUCAAGACAGCAUAAAGAAAUUGGAACGAAAGAAAGUAAAUCUCCAAAGUCCACUUCAACCACAUCGGAAAUUGAGAUAGACACAACUAGUGCAAAAGAUAUUCCUAAUAACUGCACCUUGACUUCUUCAGAUAAUAACUUAUGGUUAACUGUAUUGAACUGUCAUCAAAGUCAAGAUCCACCUAGAGCAUUAAUUAAUGCAUCUCGAUCAAAUUUAAGACCUCUAUUGACUGUCUUAGCUACGUAUUACGAGCCAUCCUCUACAGUAGCAUAUUGCUAUUGUUGGAUGGUAAUAUCGACAGAAAGAGAGGACAUACUUCAUGAUUACACAGAAUGUUUAGAAAAACAAAUAUGGCCUUCUAAUAAAGUAUCAGAAUUACUAAAUAAAAUGGUUCAAUAUGGUUACAUUAAGACAAUUAAUCGAGCGUAUAAAAUUUUUAUGCCUGAUAAUAUUUUGAAUCCAUUUUUUGAAUUUUUGAUGCAAGCAAUCAAUUACGGCGAAUUCAAGGAAAAUCAACAAUAUUUAGUAGAGUUUAAAUCGCAAUGUUCCUCACUUAAAACCAAUAAAAUUGUGGAUUGGGAUAGCGUCCAUUUCACAUAUUUGAAAAAUUUGUAUUGGGUUGCAAAUGUUGCAACCCAAUGCAUUGUUACUGCACUAAGCUACAGCUUUCAAAGUGCGUUUUUACGAAUAAAAUUUCUCGAAGCGCUAAUAAAAUGUAAUUUUUCUACAGAUUUACCAGUUGCAGUACCAGAUUUUCAACGUCUGUUGGAUAUAAUGAAAAUUCUGGAAAAAACCGAUGUAAAGUUAAAUUUCAGGAUUGUUACUCCAAUCAAUAAUACAUAUAAUUUUGAUACAGAGAUUCAAAGAUGUAUUAAUGAUUUAAUAGCAAUCGAAAAUUAUAGCACUGCCUUAGAGUUAGCAUGCUACACCGGAUUCAAUUCAUCCGAAAUUAUAUUAGCACAAGCUCGAAAUACUUUUAAACAAUCUAUAAAUAAGAAUGGUCAAGUAAAUUCUGCCUUUUGGAUGCAAUGUGCUCAGGAUUUUAAUAAAUACAAUGUUCUACCUCAAGUAGCAGUUGAAUUUUUUGUCGAACAUGCUGAGAAAGUUAUAUCGCAUAAAGAAAGAUAUGAAGUUUUAAAAUUGGCCUAUGAGACUUUGAAAAAUACCGAAAUCGAUCAACAAACCAUCGAUACCCUGGAAAUGGCAAUGUGGAAAUCGUGUAUUUUAGCUGGACCUAAAAAUAUAGAAUUCGACAAUAAUGAUAAUAUUUUUAAUAAAUUAAAAACAGAGUUACUAUCUGGUUUAGAUAAGUUACAAGUCACUUGCUCCUUGAUAGAUGAAAAUGAGAAAAGUGCUGCAGAAAUUCUGAUAAAUAAAUUAAUUGAUCUGGGCAAAUUAAAUACUGCCUUACGAAUAAGCAUUAUUUUUCAUUAUAAUCACAAAGACUUGCAAAUAUUGAUGUUGUGUUUAAGUUUAGCAGAGGGUGAAAUUUCACCAAUGGACUUAACUGCACAGCAAAAGAGUCUUUUAGAAGAAAAGAAUCAGAAGAAGCAACAAAAAUAUGGACCUUUACGUAAUCGCGGUCUGCAAAAAUUUUCAUCGUCAUCAUCCUUGAAUACAAUUUCAUCGAAUGUCGAAUCCAGCAAAACAGAUGACACAACAAUCAGCAAUCGCCAUCUUCAAAUAGAGUGUAUUUCAAUUUUAGAAAAAUUAUCGGAAAUCCUCGCACACGGAAAAGAGACAUGUUUUAGAAUUGUUUCAUGUUAUAAACUUGCUAUACUUCUAGGGAAGACAUAUCAAUCACUAUUGAUGCUAAAAGAUCCGAUAAAGUUCUUACAAGAGAUUGUAGAAAGUAAUAUUGAAAAUAAAUUUGAGACUGCUAAUGACAUAAUAAUGUCUUACAAAAUUAAAACAGAAAAUGUGGCAAUAUUCUUGACUGAAAACAUUACAAUGUACAUAAUUCGUGCUAUAGAAGAUGGUCAAGAGGAUUUGAUUUUUAUGUGGGGCUAUUCCUUGAAUUCACAUUUUCAUUUAAUAAUGGAACUUUGUAGCGAUAUUUCAUUAUUAGGUUUAAAAUUAUUAAAGGCAGCACAAUCAUCGCUGGAAAGAUACGUUAGUACUCAUGAUGAAAAAAAAAAUGUUUUGGGAUUAAAAACAAUAGUGGAAUUAUUAAUAAGAUCCCACGACUGUUUUACGGCUUCUUGUAACAUGGAAGGAAUAGCCUCAAUAUUACGAAAAUGUCAAAGCCUCGCAAAUAUGUUACAAAUCUUAAAAUACUGGGCGUUACUGGUACGUCUUAUAACCGGUGUUGGUCGAUUUACUGAAAUGAAUUACGUGUUCCAAAUCUUGAAAGAAAACGAUCAAUUCGAGUCUUUACUGGGACAGGGUUUGGAUAAGGUUCCAGGUCUGAAAAUGGCACUGUUAGACUUCUUGAAGCGUCAAUGCCCAGAGGACAAGGAAUUGUUUACUCUAGUGGCGCUUCAUUUUCGCUUGUAUUAUGAAAUCGCCCUAAUGUGGGAAAAUGAGGCGAAGGAAAUAAUUAGAAAAUUAAUAUCUGACAUAUUAAAAGAGUGCGGAAAGGGCAUAACUGGAAUUCCCGUAGAAAUAAAGUUUACUCGAAACGAUAAUGUCUUAAAACAAUUACAACUGGCAGUAACUAACUUUACUCAUGCUACUCAAUAUUAUUUACAGGAUAAAAAACUGAAUCUCGCUAGUCAGUGCUCACAUCAAGCCCAACUAGUCGCACUUCAAAUUGGACUGCUAAAUACAAUACCGCAAAAUCAACAAGCAGUAUGUCUGCUGAAUAUGAAAAGCGAUGAAUUAGAGAGGAUAUUGUGUCAUAUCUUGAACUUUCCUCAAGCUCUUAUUGUUAUCCGUGCUUAUAAUUAUCACGUUGAUUGGGUUAAUCUUAUUUAUCAUCAUUGUAUUCUUAAAGGAGAUACGGGAUAUCUCAAAGAAUUUUUGACAGUUGUCAACCUUACGCCUAUGAUUGUAGAAGAUUGUGCGCGUAGGUACAGAUUAGAAAAGAGUAUCAAUCAUUCCAUGACAGAUAACAUGAAAAUUCUAAUAUCUGAAUUAUCAGAUGUUGAAUGUAAAUACAUGUUAGCUAGUCAACUUGGCUUUAAGGAUAUCGUGGAGGAAAUGCUCAAUAAUCCUAUGGUAGGCGCCUAUUUAAAAGACACCAUUUGGAAAAAAGGAUAUACUGCAUCAUGAUAUAACUCAUCAUU